AUGGAGAAGUGUGCUAAAGAAGAACUAGCGCGUAUUUCAAGUUACGCCGAGAGAAGAUCCAAGUGGCCGCUGAUUAUGCAGGCUCAAAUGACUACUGGGCCGGGCUGCAGUACUCCUGGUUUCUACCCGCAACCUCGUGCUCGUGAUGAUUCAAAUAUCGAUGACAUUCCGGUGAAUAGUACCUACUUGGCAACUGUUAUGCGAGACCGCGAGAAUAUAAGAUCCGACUGA